AUGUAUCAUCAUACGUAUGAAGAUGAAGCUCCAUUGCCUCUCAUAGCAAACUAUACUAUGGUUAAAGAAGAUGAAGAAGAAAAGAGGGAUCCUGAAGACCGUGUCAUUUUAGAGAUUGGACGACAAGACGAGAAACCAAGAGAAGAACUUACUUUCUCUCACAAGAAGUAUGAUAAAACUAUAGCUCAUCACAGGUCUUAUGUGUUAGAAGACUACGAACCUAGAAGGAUUUCUUAUUUCAGGCCUCAUGAAUUGGAUCAUAAUACCUCUGAAGGUCCGAUGUACUACGAGCAAGACUACAGAGAAGCGUCUAUACCAGAAACCGCUAACUCUGAGUCAUCUCUGGAUUAUUCACAUGAAUCUCAGGAUACCAUCAAGUAUGGCAUGGAGGAUCCCAAUCAAGAUGCAAAUAUUCUAAACUGGAAAGAAAAAGCGCUACUACUUGAAAAAGAAUAUAAAAAGACAGCUUGCGACAGAGAAAGAACACGCAUGCGUGAUAUGAAUCGAGCUUUUGAUCUCCUGCGCUCCAAACUUCCAGUUACUAAGCCUUCCAAAAAAAAGUACUCCAAGAUUGAAUGUCUCAGAAUAGCGAUAUGCUACAUCCGACAUUUGGAGUACAUGUUGUCUGGAGGCUCGCCUGACGACAAUCCCGCCUUUUUAGAUCUUCACGCCUCUGAGAUGAGACGUCGGCAGCAGAGAUAUUGA